UUUUGCGUCCGUUUUGUUUGCCUCCUCCUUUUCCCUCCCCUUUUGGUUCUCACUCUCACUCUCCAAAAUUUAUUCCCAAAAUAUCCCCCCCGCCGCCGCUCGCUCUUCCCAAAAUGGCCCUCCCCCUCCCACCCAAACCAAACUCUCGUCUCUCGUCUCUCCUCCUCCCCCUCCUCGCCCUCCUCUGCCUCUUCCUCCUCUACCACUCUACACGUCACUCCCCUUUCCUUUCCCGUAAUACCCCUCCCCUUUCCCAAACUACCCCCGCCGCCCUAUUCCUCUCUCUCUCCUCCGCCGCCGCCGGAGGAGGGGCCGCCGCGGCGAACGCCACCAUCGCCGGCGAUCUCCGCGCCCUCACCCUCCGCCCCCACCUCGCCGGAACCCCCGCCGCCGCCGCCCCCGCCGCGUUCGUCCUCUCCCGCCUCCGCGCCGCGGGGCUCCGAACCCUAACCCGGGAGUACUCCCCGCUCCUCUCUUACCCCUCCGCAGCCGCCGCGGCGGAGCUCUCCCUCCUCAGCCCCAACGGCUCCCUCCUCGCCGCGCUCUCCGCCGCCGAGCCCGCCGACCCCGCGGCGCGCCUCGUGCGGCCCUACCAUGCCUACGCCCCCUCCGGCGCCGCCGCGGCCCCCGCGGUCUACGUGAACCGCGGCCGCGAGGAGGAUUUCCGGGCGCUGGAGCGGAUCGGGGUGCGCGUCGAGGGCUGCGUGGCGAUCGCGCGCCGCGGCGGGGGGAACCGCGGCGGCGUGGUGGCGAGGGCGGCGGAGAGGGGGGCGGCGGCGGUGCUCAUCGCCGGAGACCCCGGGGGAGGGGUGGAGAGGGGGGCGGUGUUGCUCGGCGGCGUCGGGGAUCCGCUCACCCCCGGGUGGGGCGCCGCCGCCGCAGCCGAGAGGCUGGGGCCGGAGGCGGACGAGGUGAGGCGGCGGUUCCCUAGGAUUCCGUCCAUGCCGGUGGCCGCCGCCACAGCAGCGGAGAUCCUGAGGACGCUCGGUGGGCCGCCGCCCCCUCCGGAGUGGGCUACGGAGGGCCUCGGGUUCGACAUCGCCGGGGUGGGGCCUGGGCCCAAUUUGGUCAACUUCACCUAUCAGGAAGACAGAAAAUUGGCAAUAAUACAAAAUGUCUUCGGUCUCAUAAGAGGACGAGAAGAGCCCGACCGUUACAUCAUCAUUGGUAAUCAUAGAGAUGCAUGGACGUAUGGUGCAGUCGAUCCCAAUAGUGGAACGGCCGUCCUUCUUGAUAUUGCUCGACGUUUUGGUAUAUUAUUGCGAUCAGGUUGGAGACCUCGAAGGACCAUCAUUUUAUGUAGCUGGGAUGCAGAGGAGUUUGGAAUGAUAGGAUCUACAGAGUGGGUUGAGGAGAACCUUGGAAAUUUGCAUUCCAAAGCUGUGGUUUAUCUGAAUGUUGAUUGUGCCGUACAAGGGCCUGGAUUUUUCGCUGGUGCAACGCCCCAAUUGGACAAGCUUUUGAUUGAUGUUACAAAGAAGGUGAAGGAUCCAGAUCUUGGAGAUGGGACCGUUUAUCAUACAUGGGAAAGAACGGAUGGAGGCAUCAAUAUAGAGAGGCUUGCCAGAGCUGAUUCGGAUUUUUCUGCAUUUCUGCACUAUGCAGGGAUCCCUUCCGCUGACUUCUACUAUGGUAAAGAAUUCCCAGGCUACCAUACUGCUUUGGACUCAUACAGCUGGAUGGAAAAUCAAGGGGAUCCUAUGUUUCAUCGUCAUGUGGCAGUUGCCGAAAUAUUGGGACUUCUUACCCUUCGAUUAGCUGAUGACCCAGUCCUGCCUUUUGAUUAUGUAUCUUAUGCUGCUCAAUUGCAGGAACAUGCAAAUGCAUUGAGUACCUUGCUUGAUGAUGGCCCUUCUCUAGAGCCAAUAUAUUCGGCCAUUCAAGAAUUCUCUCAUGCAGCUAAUGAAGCUCUAAAGGAGGGAGAGAAGCUGCAGCUGCAAGAAAAGGGAGAGAAUUUCUCUAUUCUUUGGAGACGAGCUUUCAAUGAUCGCCUCAUGCUUGUGGAAAGAAGCUUCCUUGAAGCGGAAGGUCUUAAGGGGAGAUGGUGGUUUAAGCAUUUGUUGUACUCGCCUCCCGAGGACUACGAAAGUCAGCUCUCGUUCUUUCCCGGCAUAGCAGAUGCUAUUUCUCGAGCUGCAAAUCAGAGUGAUAUGGAGCGGCAAAGGAUAAUUCAGCAUGAGAUAUGGAGAGUUGCUAGAGCUAUUCAACGGGCCGCGAGUGCUCUUAAAGGAGAGCUCUUUUAGCGGAUGCGGACCUGUUUUGUAUGGUAGUAAUUCUUGGAUCUUCAAAUCUGCGGGUAGGAAUGGAGAAUGGGCUGCUCGGUAGCCGUGCGCGGCGCGGCCUGCGACUGUUAGUCAUCCGCUGGUACGCUCCAACUGCCUGUGGCACUUGGCCUGGCCUGCCCCUUUUUUGUCUCUAAUAUUUAUUUCUAGUUCACCGACCGUCCCUAAAGCAAGUUGCAAAGGGUUUGGUGGUUGGUAUGCGAGACCCAAGUUCGAUUCCUAAUUGAUUCACAUUUCCAGCUAAGUUUAUUUCUAAAUGAAAUAAACGAAGCGGGUAGCGUGCUAUCUAUCUCUCAAAAAAAAUAUUUAUUUCUAGUUCUACUCUAUAAUAUCCCUAUGAUUUAAACUAUACCUUCUAUACCCAUAUAUUAUUCCUCCUAAAUUUGUCACGUGGUAAUGUUCUUUUCAUUGUUGAGUGUGGGCUUCAUUCGGAACCGGCUCAUGACCUUCAUAUGUUUGUUUUUUUUAACUUGAACCGAAUCCAGUUUCUCUCUUUCUUUGCUUGAAUCGGAUUGAUCAUUGUUAAAUGUGGACUCUACCUGGGCUUCACCCCGAACCGGCUCAAGUCCUCUACAUAUUUUUUGCUUGAACUGAAUUUGAUUUUCCUCUUUAUUUGUUUCUACAUGUUUUUUGCUUUUUUGCUUGAACCGAAUAUGAUUUUCCUCUUUAUUUGUUUGAACCGAACCGGAUGAAUCUGUUGCAUUGGGCUAAACCGGCCUAAUUGCUCCACAUAUUUUCAUCUAUAAAUUGAAUUUUUCUUUUUUUUUGCUUGAACCAAACCGAGUUUCCCUCUUUCUUUUCAUAAGCUGAAUCGGACCAAACCGAGUUUCCCUCUUUCUUUUCAUAAGCUGAAUUGGAUCA